AUGACAGCGGCAGCUGCCUCGCCCGCCAGCGACCUGCACCGCAUGGCCGUGUCGUCCAUCGCCAGCAGCGCCGACUCGCCCGCAAAGCAGCCCACCACCACCACCACCAAUCCCCCCUCCAGCGCCCUCGCCGGCCUGCCCACGAUCCGCCUGUUCCCGCACCACGCCCAGGCCGCGCGCCCGGCGCUGCCCUUCACGCCCGUGGCCCGCACGCUGCCCGACGAAGCCUGCGUCAUCCGCGUGGGCCGCUACUCCGAGCGCGACGGCGUGCCCGUCGCCAACCCCGGCGGCCCGUCCGCCGCGCCCAUCGGCUUCAAGUCCAAGGUCGUCAGCCGCAAGCACUGCGAGUUCUCCGUCGUCGCCGGCCAGUGGCACGUCAAGGACGUCGGCAGCUCGUCCGGCACCUUUCUCAACCACAUGCGCCUCAGCCAGCCCAACACCGCCUCGCGCCUGUACGCCGUGCACGACGGCGACGUCGUGCAGCUCGGCAUCGACUUCCGCGGCGGCGAGGAGCUCAUCUUCCGCUGCGUGCGCAUCCGCAUCGAGUGCAACCGCCUGUGGCAGCGCGGCCUCAACGAGUUCAAGUGCGCUAUCCCAAUUACCCUGUCUGUUGUUCUUCCUGGCUGA